AUGGAAAUUUCUCAAGAUCCAGUGGUGGGAGUGAAUCAAAUUCGAGCUCAAUUUUGGGAUCGUGUCACCAACGAGUACAAUUCCAAAAAACCAAAUCCGAUGUGGCCAGAUCGUCCACAAAGAUCAAUUCAAUGUCGCACGGGUAUUAUCAACACUGCUGUGAAGCUGUUCAAAUCAUGUGUGCAGCAAAUUGAAAAUGCUUACAUCAGUGGAGCUUCCGAACAUGAUGUUAUGGAGCGUGCAAAGAUACUAUUUAUGCAGGACCCUAAAAAUAGAACCAGUCAGCCAUUCAAGUAUGAGCGUGUGUGGACAAUUAUGAAAGACUCCGUGUUGUUCGAGUGUACGUCACAAAGGCGAAGUUCAACAAUGUCUCAACACAGUGGGCUCCCAGAGUCCCCAAUUUCACCUAAUCCUGAGCUAUCUAAUUUUUCUAUAAAUUUAAGUGAUGAAAAUACUAGUGGCGGGACAUCAUCACAGCGGCCAGAAGGCGUUAAAAAAUCAAAACUAAAGAGAAAAAUAGGAGAUGAUGAUUCUGUUGUAGUGAAGACAAUAAAGGAAGAAAAUGAGUAA